UGGAGGACCUCUACACACGGACUCUGCUUUGCCACGUUAAGCCGAAAUAAGUCAGAAAAAUGUCCUUCGUUGAUGUCUCGCGUGGGAGAAGCUUCCCAGGGCUGGGCUGGUGUAGCUGUGGGACACCGCUGUCUCUUUUCGUUUAAGGCAGGCUUAGACCAUGGCGUGUUAUCUGGGGGAGGAGGUGUGAGGGACAGCGGCAGCGGCGACUGGAAGGGACAGCGCGAAGCCGGCAGCAAGUGCAUCCUGUCGGCAUGGGGAGGGUGGCACAGGGAGAGCCUGAGAAUGGAGAGGGAGGAAUGAGGUCCAUGGUCUUUAAAGGAUAAACAAGAGGAAACUAGAUUUGAAAAGAGCAAGAUUAAGCUAGAGGGGGUGGGAGAGACGAGAAAAGUAGGUGAAGAAAGAAGAGGGGGAAAGGCAGAGAGCCAGUGGGGAAGACAGAAAGUGACACAGAAAGGGGGGUGGAGAAAGAGAGAGGAAGAGAGAGAGAGAACCAUAUUAAAGGAAUAAACCCAAGCAACUGAGAAGAACAAGGAGUCCAACUCAACCUCAGAAAGGAAAAGUGCUAAAGCAAGGAAAGGAGGCAGAAGACAAGACACUGGAAAGCCGAAGCUGUGUCUAAUUCUCCCGUCAAGACCUCUCACCACUCCUGGUGAGCUGAAAUGGGGGACUGGAGUUUCCUGGGAGAGUUCCUCGAGGAGGUCCACAAACACUCCACAGUGGUGGGGAAAGUCUGGCUGACCGUGCUCUUUAUCUUCCGGAUGCUGGUGCUGGGCACAGCAGCUGAGUCCUCCUGGGGAGACGAGCAGUCUGACUUCAUGUGUGACACCCAGCAGCCCGGCUGCGAGAACGUCUGCUACGACAAGGCUUUCCCCAUCUCCCAUGUCCGGUUUUGGGUCCUCCAGAUCAUCUUUGUCUCCACCCCAUCUCUGGUGUACAUGGGCCACGCGAUGCACACGGUGCGCAUGGAGGAGAAGAGGAAGAUGAAGGAGGCAGAAAUAGAGGCUCGAGAGAUGAAAAGCAACGGUGACACCUACUACCAGCAGAAGUGCGCUGCGGCAGAGAAGGCUGAGCUGUCUUGCUGGGAUGAAUCAGGAGGCAAAAUUAUACUCAGGGGCAGCCUGCUGAACACCUACGUCUACAGCAUCUUGAUUCGCACGGCCAUGGAAGUGGCCUUCAUUGUGGGACAGUAUGUCUUGUACGGGAUCUUCCUGGAGACCCUGUAUAUCUGCCAGCGGGCACCUUGCCCCCACCCUGUCAACUGCUACGUUUCCCGUCCCACCGAGAAGAACGUGUUCAUCGUCUUCAUGCUGGCUGUGGCGGUGCUCUCCCUUUUCCUCAGCCUGGCUGAGCUCUACCACUUGGGCUGGAAGAAAGCCAAAGAGAGGUGCUCCCGGUCUUACAAACCCAGCCCCAGCACAGCCCCCGGGAGACUGGAGUCUGCCCCGCAAGUAGAAAGGGCCCAGAUGUACACUCCUCCACCAGAUUUUAACCAGUGCUUGUCAAGUCCCAAUGGGAAGUUCAUCAGUCCCUUCAGCAACAAGAUGGCCUCCCAGCAGAACACCGCCAACUUUGCCACCGAGAAGGUCCAUGGCCAGGAGGAUGCUGCUGGUGAAGGGCCCUUCAUUAAGUCCAGCUACGUGGAGAGUCCAGAGGUGGCCAACGAAUGUGUGGCGCCCGCCUUCCCCGAGAACUACUUCAAUGAGAAACGCCGGUUCAGCAAGACCAGCCGUGCCAGCAGCAAGGCAAGGUCAGAUGAUUUGUCUGUGUGACCUGUCUCCAGGAGGGAUGAGAAGAAGGAGCAGUCUCAGCACUUAGAAAAACUUCUGCAAAGUGGACUCCAGACUCUUACCACUAAUCUCUCUCUGUUUUAACACCCCUGUGCUCCCUUUCAGUGAACAUCAUUGUUAUAUUGUAGACAGCAUCUCUCACAGCUUAAGGCAGGGGCAGACACUGGGAGACAGGCACUAAAGAGAGGCGCCGAUCUCAAGAUGUGAACCUCUUGGCCAUAUUUUCAUCACGAGACCCACAGGGAUUGGAGACUCACCGUCCUUAGCCUGGUAGAGCACAGGUCGCCAGACUCCUGAGGCUGCCCAGUGAUACCCACUUCGACACUGUAUCCACCAGACUGACUGGACCUCAAGCCCUUUGCAUCUUCUUUGGCAUCCAGUCAACAUUUGCUAGAUCAGCUUGGCAAUUAUACUGAGCUGAAGCUUCUCCCACCUGCAGGGACAGAAACACACCAUCAGGCUUUCUGGAAGACACUCUCAUCUGCUUUGUUUUCCCUCUUUCUAACCACCCCCACUCCCACCCUUUUCUCUACCUGAGCCCAGAUAUUUUAUACGUUUACCUAUACAAUAAAUCCUACUUGAAUUUUUUGACACUGUGUAUAUAACUUCCCCAUGAAUGAGGAUGUCUGUGGUCCCUCACGCACAGCUGCUUCAUGUCUAAAGUUGGAAUCCCUUCCUCAUUCCUAAGUCAGCACAGCAGACUGGCCGCAGGGAUAUUGCUUAGAUGACCAGUUGAUGGAAAUCAGGGAAUUUUCCCAAGAUACUUGUGUCAUCCAUUCUAAGCAAGACAUCCAUUAACAGAAAUAGACUCUCCUGUGAGAACAGAUAUCUUACCAGUAAAAAAAGAGGAAUUACCAUGUUGAAACCAAAUGGGCUUCCCCCCUUUAAAACUCAUCUUUCAAGUAGCCUGAACGCUGCUGCAAGGGUGCUGCCAGCUGCCAGCUUGAGAGAAGAACAUCCUUUGUUUAUCUGCAGAAGAGGUACGGCCUGUGUCUUCUCCUCACUAACAUAACAAAACACUUCAGCAGCUUUUGCAGGGAGCAGGAGUCCUCUCCAGGUCCUGCACAUCACUCAGCUCUUGGCUGCCCUCUCAAGCCUGCCAGCCAGCACAAGCCCAAGUAUUUGUCCUCACAGCAAGUCUUUGUUCUGCCAUCAGGUCAUCUUCAUCUCUGCUUUCCAUCCCUAGCGCGUACGGCGUAAGAAAUCACCCAUGGACCAAUUCUUUUUACUGCUGUAGCCUUUUCAGAGCAGCCACCAGUGCCCAGCACCGCACAGCGAGCCCGGUGGGUGAGGUCCGUAGGCAGCUCCCGCCCUUGAUACAUUUUCUCGGUGCAGAGCCAACAUCCCUUUUUUAAAAAGCUUUGCUAAACAGCUAAGCUGCUCCCUGCCAUUUACCCUGUGCUGCCCUUUCAGACACAGACCACAGCUUCCCAGCACUGGGCUGUGGGAGGGAAUGGCUGGGGACCAGCUUACGAGGGGACCGAGCCAUCCUCUCUUAGGGCCACCGAAAGGGAUUGCGAAUCCUCGCUCCUGACACACGGUUAGCUUUGGUACAGUUCCCUGUACAUAUACAUGCAUAUUCACACACACGGGGGGGGGGACAUUUUUUUGUUUGCAAGUUGUUUUAUACAUGUGUAUUUUUUAAUCCUGAAAAGACCUGCGUGCUCUCCUUAACAAGAGAUUUUAGUCAAUUGUGUCUAGGUUUCUCCUAAUAAAGUUCUAACUCCA